AUGGAAAAGUCCAAAAAUUUCCGCAUCGACGCCCUGCUGGCGGUGGACCCCCCGCGGGCCGCCCCGGCGCAGAGCGCGCCGCUGGCCCUGGUCACCUCGCUGGCGGCCGCCGCGGCGGGGCCCGGCGGGGGCUCCGGCGGCGGGGCGGGCGGGCCGGGCGGCGGCGGCAGCCCCGAGCCCCCCGCGGCGCCCGCCGACCGCCCGCGGGCCGAGAGCCCCGAGCCGCCGCCGCGCCUGCUGGCCGCGCACUGCGCGCUGCUGCCCAAGCCCGGCUUCCUGGGCGCGGGCGGCGGGGGCGCGGGCGGCGGGGGCGCGGGCGGCGGGCCGGGGGCCCCGCACCCCCACGCGCACCCCGGGGCCGCCGCCGCCGCCGCGGCCGCCGCCGCCGCCGCCGCCGCCGCCGCCGCGGGGGGCCUGGCGCUCGGGCUGCACCCGGGGGGCGCGCAGGGCGGCGCGGGGCUCCCCGCGCAGGCGGCGCUCUACGGGCACCCGGUCUACGGCUACUCGGCGGCGGCGGCGGCGGCCGCGCUGGCCGGGCAGCACCCGGCGCUCGCCUACCCGUACCCGCAGGUGCAGGGCGCGCACCCCGCGCACCCCGCGGACCCCAUCAAGCUGGGCGCCGGCACCUUCCAGCUGGACCAGUGGCUGCGCGCGUCCACCGCGGGCAUGAUUCUGCCCAAGAUGCCGGACUUCAGCUCCCAGGCGCAGUCCAACCUCCUGGGGAAGUGCCGCCGGCCGCGCACCGCCUUCACCAGCCAGCAGCUGCUGGAGCUCGAGCACCAGUUCAAGCUCAACAAGUACCUGUCGCGGCCCAAGCGCUUCGAGGUGGCCACGUCGCUCAUGCUCACCGAGACGCAGGUGAAGAUCUGGUUCCAGAACCGCCGGAUGAAGUGGAAACGGAGCAAGAAGGCCAAGGAGCAGGCGGCGCAGGAGGCGGAGAAGCCCGCGGGCGGCGGCGCGGAGGAGCCGCGCGGGGAGGCGGCGCGGGGGCCCGCGGCGCCCGGGGACCCGGCCGGCGGCCGCCGCCCGCGGGCCCUGAGGGACAGUGACCCCGAGGACGACGACGAGGACGACGACGACGACCCCUUCCCCUACGCCGACGGCGCGGGCGCGCGGCCCGCCUCCUCCGGCGGCUCCUCCGAGGACGACUCGCCGCCGCCGCCCGCCCCGUAG